AUGGCGACGAUGACAGGCCUCCGUGGUUGGGCGCUGGACGGGGCCCGGGCUCGCGCAGCGGGAGGAGCGGGCGACGGGGGAGCACAGCGAGGGCCGCACGAGCCGACGGGCGUGGGAGUGAUCGGAUCGCGAUUGGGAGGGAUCGGAGCCGAAUGCGCCAUCGACAUCGCACUACCGUCGAUCCCAAUCAAAGUCGAAGAGUCCGCCGACCUCCCGCCCGUCUCUGCCCUCACCGGCGGCUACGACCACCGUCACGUAAAGUCUUCCUCUUCCUCUCUCCCCGUCUUCCGCUUCGGCGCCGACAUCUCCUCAAGCUCGUCCCCCACCAGCCCAUCCUCCUUCACAUUUAUGUCGCACGGCUCCUGGCCCUCCUCCUCCUCCACGUCUACCUCCUUCCCCCACCACCAGUCCGGCUACGCUGUCGCCGACCGCUAUCCCAUUCCUUCCUCCGCCUCUCCCGUGAACGGCCAGAACCACACCCACCCGCUCAAUCUCGUGGAUGACUACGAGGACGAGGCGGGCGACGACCUGGGCGACCUCCCGAGCGCAGGACUUGGUGGCAUGGGCAUGAGUGCGUACGGUGGCGCAGGCGGCAAGGGUCAGGAGAAGCAGAUCCGGCGGCGGAGCAGCAAGGCCUGCGACCAGUGCCGGAAGAGCAAGUGCAAGUGUGAGAGGAGCAGCCCGCAGGAUCCCUGCCGGAACUGCGUCAUGCUGAACACCCCUUGCACCUUUCUCGGACCGUCCCGCAAGCGUGGACCACCGAAAGGAUACAUCGACGCCAUUGAAGCCCGUCUGCACCAAACCGAGGCCUUGAUUGGCAUCCUGCUGAGCAGCAAGGAUAGCAGGGCACGAAGUGUGUUGGAAGACCUCUCAGAGGACCCGUUGGCGAAGGAGAUCAUUUCGCGCGUGGACAACUCCCCCUACGGGUACAAAGGCCGCAGUCGAGGUGCCGAGGCACCCUCAAGCAGAUCGAGACCGCCGCCCGACCAGCGGGACGACGAUCGAAACACGGUCCACGCGACACAUCCGUCAAACGAAUGGCAAGAUCAAGUAAUCAAGCGUCUCAACGCUGCUGCGGCGUCAAGAAACGCGCUACUCCCUGAAGGGCAGGUCGUAUCCGGUGUCGACGAGGGUGACGACGAUGACGACGGCUCACCAUCGGGCUCCCCGGCAGAGGCGCGCCCAGCCUCCGCGCCUCGGUCGCAGGCGUCAACAAGCGACGCGCGCCGGCAGCGUCGGCGCCUGGACGACGCCGAGCAUGAUGACCCGAACAGGUCACAUUCCUCCGCGUCCUCACGCUCGCCGAUACGUCGUACGGUGCCUGCGGAGGAGGAGAGCAUGGAGGACUCUGACGAGAGCGGGGAGGACGAGAUGGCGAUCGCGCUCGGUCAGCUGAGUCUGAACGAAGACGAGCAGGUCCGUUUCCAUGGGAAGAUGAGCGGCUUGCACCUCCUCGGCGUCAAGGAGCGGCAGGACGGGCGGGGCGAGGGUGGUAUAUGGCGAUUCCCCAAGGCGCGAGUCUGGCCCCCGUUGCCAUCGACCAUUCAGAGCCGCCGACGCCCGCAGUCAGACGAAUUCGUUUCCCCGUUACCUGAUCUGGCCAAACAGGAGCUCCUUCUCGACCUGUAUUUCAAGUACGUGCACCCACUCCUGCCCAUCGUGCACAAGCAGAGUUUCCUAGAGGACUUCCGGAACGGGAACCUUUCCACCGACUCUCCGUACUCGGGCGAAUCAAGCUACUCUGACGCUGCGUCGCCACUCUCCUCUGGAGCGCCGGGAUGUCGCCGCCGCGUGCCCACGCUCCUGCUCCUCACCAUGUUCGCUCUUGCGGCGCGUUUCUCGGCGCAAGCUGCCGAUGUGCCGCCUCCUGACGACGGGUCGAUGUGGACCGCGGGUGACGCCUACAUGGAGGACGCGAAGAUCAUCCUCGACCGCACUUACGCCGCGAGCCGCCCGUCUACAUGUCAGUCGCUCCUCCUGCUCGGCUUCCGCGAGAUCGGCAUCGGCGCGAUGGCACAGGCCUGGCUCUACAUCGGCAUGGCCGUGCGGAUGGCGCAGGACCUAGGGCUGCAUAAGAGCGCGGACCAGUGGACGAACGGUCACGGCGAGCUCUUUUCCUCGGCGGAGCUGCAGGAGCGUCGACGGAUUUGGUACGGGUGCGUGAUCAUGGACAAGUACGUCUGCACGUACAUUGGCCGGCCCGUCGCGAUCUACGAGCGCGACUUCGACACGUGCCUGCCCGACAUCGAGGAAGGGGAGGAGAUGGAGCUCUGGGCGCCACACGUGAGCCCGCAGGUGUUGGACGGCCCCAACGACGUACUUCAGCGCGAGGUCGCGCCCGUGCCCGGACGGAUCCUUUCGUGCUUCAUCGAAUCCGCCAAGCUCUCUGUCAUCCUGAGCGAGAUCUGCCAGUCCAUCUACGCCAUCAAGCCCGCCGCGAGCCGCCCCGCGGAGCUCGCACGCCUCGACAGCCAGCUGACGAAGUGGUCGCUCGAGCUCCCGGAACACCUCCGGUUUGACCCCGCGUCGCCCAGGAACCCGCCACCGCCACCGAACAUCUUCACGCUCCACAUGCAGUACUGGUGCACAGUGCUCCUUCUCCGUCGCCCCUUCAUCCGCCACAUUGAGGACUCCAAGGCACUAUCGCCCUCCGCCACGUCUGCCAAGGAGGCCGAGGUCCGCGCCAACUCUCGCAAGCACUACGACAUGUGUGUGCAAGCUGCGAACCACAUCACGUCCAUCGUCACCAUCUACUGCGAGUACCGCUGCCCCAAGCGUGCACCCGUCUUCCUCUGCUACUACGUCUUCACUGCGGCCAUCAUGCACGUCGCGUCGCUUCGCACAUACCCCGACGAUCCCCAGGCGUCCCGGGGGCUCGACAAGUGCAUGGAAAUCCUGCAGCGGAUGAGCAUCAUCUGGCCCUCCGCAUACCGUGCGCUCGAGCUACUCACCGGCGCCAAGUCGCAGCUCACGAGCACGCCCUGGCUCCGGAGCGUCGCGUCCGAGCCCCGCUUGAAGCGCCGCGCAGAGGACGAUGCAGGGGACCUGGAGGGGGCUGUCACGCCCGGACCCGGACGGUCGCUCUCGCAGGAGGCCUACCGCGCACAGACGAGCUACAUCGUCCCCAGCCAGCCGCAGCCGCAGCAGCAGGCGCAUCCCCAACCCCAUCAACAACAGCAGUCCGGCUUCUCCUCGCUCUCGAUGGACCUCCAGGGCGGGUCGAACUACAUGCAGGCAUCCAUCUCGACGUCGGUCCUCCCGCCGCAGUACUCGACGGGGCUCGUCGACGAGCGCGGGAUGGGCGGCGCUCUGGACCGCGCGGGCGCGGGGGGCGACGGCCGCAACCCGCGGUACUGGAACGACUACUCUGCGCUCCCGCAGAUGGAGACCACGUACGGGAUGCCGGUGCUCGGGGACUCGGCGGGGCUCGUGCACGGGCACGGUCAUGGGGCGCACGGGCACGGGCACCAGCCGGCGCAUGGGCAUCAUGGGAGCGCGCAGAACCAUGGGAUGUAUGUGUCGGACCAGUACUCGAUGUUCGGGUCCAUGCCGCCGUCGAGCCAGUGA